UCAACAGGAAGUCGUAAUGUGACGGUCGACAUAAAAAAAACAAAAAGUCAAAGAUUGAAAGAAACGUAAUUUGUCAUUUUAUUAGUUAUCAAAUUUCAUUGUUCAAAAGGAAUACAGUUAGAAUAAGGAACAAUCUGGAGAAAAAGAAAUGGAGAAAAUAACAGAGCUCCAUGUAGAUGGCAUGACUUGUAAGUCUUGUGUCCAAAAAAUUCAAGAUCACAUGACCAAGGAGCCAGGGGUGAUAAGUAUUCAGAUGUAUUUGGAGGAGAAAGAAGCAAAGAUUGCAUACAGUCCAACGGAAACCUCCCCUCCCAUACUCGCUGAGAAAAUCUCUGAUCUGGGUUUCCCAUCAAAGAUUAAGUUGGUACACCCGGUCAGGGGAGACAACUGCCAGGAUGCCAUCAUCAACGUCGAGGGCAUGACCUGUCAGUCAUGUGUCAAAUCCAUAGAGUCCAAGAUCUCCGAGGUCAGCGGAGUCCUGGGAAUAACCGUGUCAUUGGAGAAGAAGCAGGCCUAUGUCCAGUUCAACCCUGGAAAAGUUUCCGCAGAAAACAUUGCUGCAGCUAUUGACGAUAUGGAAUUUGAGGCAUCGGUUCACUCAAUUACGCGGGACAAGGGUCUGACCACUAAGAUUGGGGUGGAGGGCAUGACAUGUCAAUCUUGUGUCAAGUCUAUUGAGUCAACCAUGGGAAGCAAACCAGGAGUGAGAGAAAUAAGGGUGUCACUCGAUGAUAAAGAGGCGUACAUAGUGUAUGACCCCACCCUGACAAACCCUGGCACCCUCAAGGAUCAGAUUGAUGAUAUGGGGUUUGAGGCCACGCUGAUGAGAGAGUCUUCCCUCGACAGUGAAUUUGACCGCUUGGCUUCACGACAGUCCUCCACAAGGUCAGUCCAGAAUGAGUUAGUCUGCGAGAUUUCAGUCAUUGGAAUGACCUGCCAGUCAUGUGUGAAGAACAUUGAGACCAAUAUUUCACCAAAACCAGGGAUUAAGACCAUAUCUGUAUCACUGGAGACAGAAACAGCCACAGUGACUUACAACCCCCUCGUCACCUCUCCAUCAGCCAUUGCUGGGAUGAUCGAUGACAUGGGGUUUGAGGCCACUGUACAGGGCUCGGACACAGAGCCAGCCAUUGAAACUGUGGUGAUAGGGGUACAAGGCAUGACCUGCCACUCGUGUGUUAAAAGCAUUGAGGACCAUAUCUCCAAGAAUCCAGCUGUCAAGUUGAUCAAAGUCUCCCUAGCAGACCAGAAUGCAACCAUUGAGUAUUAUCCAGACAGAGCCACAGCGUCUUCUUUGAGGGAUGCUAUUGAUGACAUGGGCUUUACUGCAUCCUUAUCUACAGAUACCGGUAAUCCAGAAGUACAAGUUGUACAGCCUAAGAAGAAUGGUCCAGCCAAGCCGACCUCUUCAUCUUCCUCCUCUCACCAGGAAAGCAUACAGAUGGAGAUGGACGGAGGGUCGGUGUCCUUCAGAAAGGGCGGGGCUGCAAUUGACGACGACCUAGAAAAGUGCUUCCUGAGAGUCUCUGGGAUGACAUGUGCUUCCUGUGUGGCCACCAUUGAGAAAAAUCUGAUGAAAGUCCAGGGUAUACACAGUUGUUUGGUUGCAUUGAUGGCACAGAAAGCAGAGGUUAAAUAUGACCCUGCCUACCUGCUGCCCUCCCAGAUUGCAGCCAAAAUCUCCAGUCUGGGGUUUGAGGCUACUGUUUUGGAGAAUGAAGGCUUUGGCAACGGAGUUGUAGAGCUUCUGAUCACAGGAAUGACUUGUUCAUCAUGUGUGCACAUGAUUGAGUCCUCCAUCAUGAAAAAACCUGGGGUACUCUCAGCCUCUGUGGCUCUGUCUACCUGUAAAGGGAAGUUCACCUAUAACCCCGAGGUCAUAGGUCCGAGGGCAAUCAUUGAUGCCAUCAAGUCGUUGGGUUAUGAAGCAGAGUUGUACACUGAUGAUGAUAAAGAUGCUGCACGUUACGAUCACAGGGAUGAAAUCAAAAGAUGGAGGACUUCAUUUUUGUGGUCACUGAUCUUUGGGGUUCCCUCUUUGGUGAUAAUGAUGUACUUCAUGUUUGCCUCUCCCCCUGACGACCACACCCCUGUGGCCAACACUACAGGAAGAAAUUACACAACCACCGUCAAACCUCAGAUGUCUUCUGAUGGCCACUACCAGAUCAUGAUAGUACCCGGUUUAUCACUGGAUAACCUGCUUAUGUUCAUUCUGGCCACACCUGUACAGUUUAUUGGAGGACGAUACUUCUACAUCCAAGCCUUCAAAGCUCUCCGACAUGGGGCCUCCAACAUGGAUGUGCUGGUGGUUCUAGCCACCACCAUCUCCUAUGUGUACUCAUGUGUGGUGGUCAUCGUGGCCAUGGUCAUGAAGGAAGCCACCAGUCCUGUCACGUUCUUUGAGACCACGCCUAUGUUGAUGGUGUUUAUAUCUCUUGGUCGAUGGCUGGAACAUGUAGCCAAGGGUAAAACAUCAGAGGCUCUGGCCAAGCUCAUGUCUCUGCAGGCUUCAGAGGCUGUGUUGGUGGAAAUCGACAAAGAAUUCAACAUCCUGAACGAACAGACAAUUAGUGUGGACUUAGUGCAAAGGGGUGAUGUGCUGAAGGUUGUCCCUGGUGAGAAGAUUCCAGUGGAUGCCAAGAUCAUUGAGGGAAUCACAACUUGUGACGAGUCCCUUAUAACAGGAGAGUCCAUGCCUGUAUCAAAGAAACCAGGUGCCUCUGUGAUUGGUGGCUCCAUUAAUCAGCAUGGUAUGAUCCUGAUAGAGGCCACCCAUGUGGGCGCAGACACCACUCUGUCACAGAUUGUUAAACUGGUGGAGGAGGCCCAGACCUCAAAGGCUCCCAUACAGCAGCUUGCCGACAAGAUAGCUGGCUAUUUCGUUCCUGGUGUGGUUGUUUUGUCCACUCUAACUGUCAUUGCCUGGACCAUUGUUGGCUAUAGUGAUAUCACAAAAGUCAAACCAGACUUUGUGGAUGAUGGAACUCUUUCCAGGGAUGAGAUCAUAUUUCAGAAAGCGUUUCAGUAUGCUAUCACAGUAUUGAGCAUUGCUUGCCCCUGUGCCUUAGGUUUAGCCACACCCACAGCUGUGAUGGUGGGAACAGGGAUAGGGGCCUCCAACGGGAUAUUGAUCAAAGGUGGAGAGCCCCUGGAAUGCUCCCAUAAACUGAAGUGUAUAGUGUUUGACAAGACUGGGACAGUAACCCAUGGAGUCCCCCGUGUUGCUAGGGUGGCCAUGUUUGUAGAAGACUCAGUCUGCUCUUUUGUGAAGCUGAUCGCCAUAGCUGGGACAGCGGAGACAAGCAGUGAGCACCCUCUAGCCUCAGCCAUCGUGAAGUAUGCCAAGCAGACUUUGAAGACAGAGAUCCUGGGUAAGACUCAGGGAUACCAGGCAGUGCCAGGGUGUGGUCUGCAGUGCACUGUGACCCAGAUUGACGGCGUGCUGGUGGACAUUGACCUUGAGGGGGUCAACAACAGGAAGAACCUGAUGGGGAGCACCAAGGUGAUGACAGAUAAUGUCCUCUUUAAUGGGGAGGAAAUCACUGCAACUAUUGAAGAGAGUAGUUUAGUCGGUGCUGUUGCUUCCAAACCAUACAAGGUUCUGAUUGGAAACAGAGAGUGGAUGACAAGAAAUGGAUUGGUUGUAACAGACAAAAUGGACGAGACGAUGACCGAGCAUGAGCACCAGGGACAGACAGCGAUUCUGUGUGCCAUUGAUGAUAAUAUCGUGGCUAUGUUGGCUGUAGCGGACACUGUGAAGUCGGAGGCCCACCUGGCUGUUAGUGUGCUGAAGGACAUGGGUCUACAGGUGGUGCUACUUACUGGCGACAACCAGAAAACCGCCAGGGCCAUCGCCAGACAGAUUGGUAUACAUAAGGUGUUUGCAGAAGUGUUGCCCUCUCACAAAGUGAAGAAAAUAAAACAGCUUCAGAAGCAGGGUAUGAAGGUUGCAAUGGUAGGGGACGGUGUCAAUGAUUCUCCAGCCCUGGCCCAGGCUGAUGUCGGCAUUGCCAUAGGAACAGGGACCGACGUUGCUGUAGAGGCUGCAGAUGUUGUCCUGAUCAAGAAUGACCUGCUAGAUGUGGCUGCAGCUAUUCAGCUCUCCAAGAAGACUGUACGCAGAAUCCGCAUCAACUUCUUUGCUGCCUCCAUCUACAAUUUGGUCGGAAUUCCUAUUGCUGCAGGCAUCUUUGUACCAUGGGGUCUCUCCCUCAAGCCCUGGAUGGCAUCAGCAGCUAUGGCCCUGUCUUCUGUGUCCGUGGUCCUUUCUUCUUUGCUACUGAAGACCUUCAAGAAGCCCAGCAAAGAGAAAAUGCUGACUCCGAAAUACUAUGCAAAAUUCGCCGCUGAUCAGGAGCUCGACAAUAUUUCUGUCCACCGGGGAGUGGAGAGUCUUCCAUCAAGUCGGGAGCCCAGCAAACAAGGUAGCAUCAUUUCACGCCUCAGCGGAAAGAAGAAGACGCCCUCGCCUGACCACACAAGUCUGCUGGAGAUGAAUGACAUGUCUGACUCCGACUCCAGUGACAUCUAAAUUUAACACCAAAUGUUACGUACCGGUAGAUCAAAAAGAUAAAAAUCAUAUGUUUUUAUGGCUCAUUUCGAUUGUCAUAACAUGAACUUGUGAUUAGUUUUGAAUUGAUUUAUCUAACUCUAAAAAAAAGUUCAGCUUCCAAAAUUAUGUUACACCGUAUUACAUGUCUGAAUCUAAAUCAUUAUUUCUCAAAAUUUUUGUGACAUUUUAUUAAAACAUUUUUGGAAUGUCAUUUAUGUAUUAUAACCAUAUAUUUUGUUUCAUUAUUUGCCCUCACAAAUUAAUAUUCAAACUCAAAGUAUCUUCUCUGCAUUUAUGAUUAGAAUCAGAGCGUUUGUUUAUUAUCUUGUUGUUUAUACAAAUCUACACAAAGUUGUUUACAGAUAUCAUUAAGAUGAUUGUUCACCGUUCAAGUCCUUGGAAUAGAUUUUACAGGAGUAUUUUUAUUAUUCAUGUACAUUAUAUUUUCAUUCUUGUACUUAACAGUCCCAAACACCCACCCCUCUGACUCUUGGCUUGUCCCAUUUUUUUGUCACAUACCAUAAAUAACCCAAUGUAAUUUCAUGUAUCUUUAGUAGAAUAUUAGAGAAAGCUAUUGAAUGAAGUAACAAUAUCCUAUAUUCAAGAAAACUGGAUGGUUUUGAUAUGAUUUAUUGAACGGUGCUCAUUGUUGAAUAGGUUGUUUUACCCACAGAGAGAGAGGUAGUGAUAUGAACUGACUUAAUCCUUUUGUAGAGACCGGUUUAUAACCCAGAGUGAUAUUAUGACUUUCUUUCAAUGAUCAUGAUAAAAAUUGUUGUUGCUAUUAUAUAAAAUGUUGCUUUAAUGUGUGUUUUGAAAUAUAAAUAAAAAAAAUCAUUCAUUAA